UCCCAAAGUCCUUGAGGGAGUAUAUAAAUAGCGGAGCUAUCCCCGUACCUCACGAAACCUGCCCUGGUACACCCUAGCUGCAACCAUAAACGCGACCCAGAGAAGAUGUGACGCGUUAAUGCCUUGGCUUGUACGCGCAUCCAACUGAUAUACUCCACAAGCAAGCACACUCCCCUACCUUGCUCUCGGCCCGGCCGUCUCUCACUCCCUCCCGCCCAUCCACCUGCCGCGUGAUCGAUCCUAAGUGAAGCUCCCAUGGAGGUGGAGCCGCCGCUUUCUCCGGUGGCCGGCGCCGGCGCCGUCUGCUGCAUGUGCGGCGACCGCGGCCUGCCGCACGAGCUGCUCCGCUGCAAGCUCUGCCGCGUCCGGAUGCAGCACAGAUACUGCAGCGAUCUCUACCCGAGGGCGACGGCGUACAGGCGGUGCAACUGGUGCCUGAGGGAGCCGGCCCAAGGCGGAGGAGGCCAGGGACUCGCCGACGCGCUGGCUGGCAAGACCACGGAUAAACGGAAGGCCGCGGCAUCAGUGGACGCGUCGACCUCCGAGGAGGAGGAGGGGGAGGGGGUGUGUCGGCAGAGUGACGAGGCCGGAUGCGCCAUUACGAGGUCGACGAGAUCGGCCGCGGAGGUCGGCCAGCCCAUCAAGAAGCACAAGGGCGGUGACAGGGCAACGUUACCGCCGCCGUCGCCGGGCGCAACGGCGAAGGGAAGCAGCGGCAAGAAGCAGAAGACCGAUGACAGGGCAGCGCCGCCGACGUCCCCGGGCGCGUCGAACGGGACCAAUGGAAACAGUAAGCAGAUGGCUGACGAGAGGGCAGCGCUGCGGCCAUCAUCAGGCGCGUUGAAGGGUAACACCGGCAACAAGAAGCACAAGGACGACGAGAGGGACGAGAGGGCAGCGUUACCGCCGUCGCCAGGCGCGUCGAAGGGUAACAACGGCAACAAUAAGCACAAGGCCGACGAGAGAGCAGCGCUGCCGCCGUCGCCGGGCGCAAAGGGUAGCAACGGCUACAAGAAGCAGAAGGCCGACGAGAGGGCAGCGUUACCGCCGUCGCCAGGAGCGUCGAAGGGUAACAACGGAAACAAGAAGCAGAAGACCGAUGAGAGGGCAACGCCGCCGACGUCCCCAGGCGCGUCGAACGGGACCAACGGAAACAGUAAGCAGAAGGCCGUCGAGAGGGCAGCGCUGCCACCGUCGCCGGGCGCAACGGCGAAGGGUAACAACGGCAACAAUAAGCAGAAGGCCGACGACAGCGCAACCCUGCCGCCGUCGCCGGGCGCAGCGGCGAAGGGGAAUGCCAACAAGAAGUCGAUGCAGGCUGGGAAGUUGACGCGGCCGGGUAGGGUCAAGGUGAGGAGGUAUAAGCUCCUUGCCGAGGUGAUUAGCUGCUAGGAUUA